GCCGGUCCGUAUCGGACGGAAUCAUAAUCAAGUCGCGGGGUAGGAAAAGUUUGUACGCGACGGUGCCGUUUUCGCAGGUUCCCGACCAACAAAAAGUUGCUGAUGCUGGUUGCCAAAUUACAAGCGACACAGUUACGACAAAACGUCAGCGCCAGCUAGUGAACAGUGUUUUCCGCCGUGCACAUUUCAUCUCCUCCUAGUGUACUACCGUCGCGAUUGUUGAGUCCGUGUUGGCGAAGAAUAGUGUCCAUUUACAUGAUCACAUGAUUUAUAUUCUGGGGGAAAAAAAGGAAGCUAUUCGUAUGAAAAUGAAAUAGAGUCAGUGUAGUGUUCUUUUGGUAUACCAUUAAUUCGAAAUGAAAUGGAACAAGGCAUCCUUACAUCAGCUGUACCGACGCCAAAAACUCCAAUCUACCAGCGCUACACGACCGCCCUCCAGAAUGACCCCCGGUGUUCGCAAGAGGUAGCCCUCGGAAGGCGCAUCGGGCUGUACCGGUUCUGUGGCGAUAUCGGACGGGGCAACUUCUCGCGUGUCAAACUCGCUGUUCAUCAAUUAACCAAAGAUAAAGUCGCCAUCAAGGUAGUGGACACCAGUCGCCUCGAUGCAAAGGCACUUCGCAUGCUGUCGCGUGAGGUAAGCACCCUCGAGUGUGUUUAUCAUCCUUUUAUACUAAGACUGUUCGAAGUGAUAGAAACAUUGGGAAAGAUACACCUCAUCAGCGAAUGGGUGCAAGGCGGAGAGCUGUACAAUCGCAUCACGGACGUCGGUCCGCUCAAGGAACCGCAUGCCGCGUUGCUUUUCCAACAACUUUUACUGGCUGUGAAACAUCUGCAUAGUUUAGGUUUUGUGCAUCGUGAUAUAAAGGCAGAAAAUGUACUGCUCGUUAGCGAAGAACGUAUCAAACUGGCCGACUUUGGCUUCAGUACGCAGCUCGUCAACGGUCCCUGGCAGCAUCUGGACACCUUCUGCGGGUCACCGCCAUAUGCCGCCCCGGAACUGUUCAGCGAUGACCAUUACAUCGGCGGCCCGGUGGACAUUUGGGCACUCGGGAUCUUGCUCUACUUCAUGCUCGAGGGUUGCAUGCCAUUCAAGGCACCGACCGUACCCUUGCUGAGGACGGCGGUACUGAAAGGAGAAUUUGUCAUCUCCACCAGCCUGAGUGUGCCGUGUUGUCGUGUCAUUCAACGCAUUCUAGUGCAUACACCAUCGCGUAGGCCUACGAUCGAGCAACUGUUGGACUGCCAAUGGUUCCGAUACGCCCAAGAGCAUGCCACACAACUGGCAAGGGGCGGUCCACAAGCAAUCUCACAACACACCACCGCGCAAACCGGCAAAUCUAACCAUGUUCCUAGAAGAAGGAAAGGGCUCUUCUGGUUCCUGCCUACGCCUCGCGAACGCCUAUCCUCGACUGAGUCGAAUGCAUCUAGUCGUGAUAUCAGUAGUGCUGCCAAAAACAAUCAGCUAGAUCAUUUCCAUAACCACCAUCAUCAUCAUCAACACCACCAUCAUCAGAGUCAGCCAACAACGUCAACCUCUACAAAAUCAUCUGCCUCACGUGACGAGCGUCUGGCAAAUCCGGAGAUUCCCAAUCUACGGACGAUUGCGUGCAGCACCAAGCGUGCCACCAGUGUAUUGGAGGAGAACUUUUUGCACCCGUUCAAGACGGCGGCGGAUUCUGUUCAAGAUGGAAUAACCACGAUCGUGGUCGAUCGACCUCCGAACCACCAUGCUCAUAAUAUCAAAGAUCUAUCGAACGAUGUGUCAAAUAAUAAUAUUAUUAACAAUAACUCAAGCAACAGCGAAAACUAUAAUAAUAAUAUGCCUGGCAAUGGCACCGAGCCACCCGGUUCGGUAGCGGCGGCCAAUGGCACCAACAGAGAGAGUGCCGGAAGUCAGGAGCGCAAAGCAAGGCGUUUCUCCUUCGGGCGUACGUUGAAAAAACGUAUCGGUCCGAUGGAACUGGUAACGACGGAAAGCCUUGGCGGAGGACCGGACGGAUCGCAGCGAGUGGAUCUGCGUGAGAAGCUACACCGUACAAUCGACGACGAACAUGGCCGGUUCGUGAUGUAUCCGACCGUUGCGGUGUCCUCCGAAGGUAAUCGGCACCUGCAUUCGCUCGAAACGGAAACGCGACGACUGAUGAAAGCCCUCGGGAUCAAUGGAGAGAUGAUAGCGCGUGCGGUCGUAAACGGACCGCGCAGUGAUAUUAUCGGUGUGUACCGCAUCAUCAUGCACCGACUGCAACGGGAACAGGCGCGGUCACGACUAGCGGCCACGAACGGAGGAGCGUACGAGUUUCUCGAACUGAAGUCAAUCAAUCCUUCCGGGAGUGCCGGGCGUUGGCCGAAUGGUGACACAGGACGCAGCACUGCCAACAGUCGCCGACAUAUCGACCAGAAUCGCGGUCGGAUCUGUGCCAUCCUUUAGAGACCGACCUAGUAGAUGGUGGCCUCCCAUGCUCAUCCGGCGCAGGUUACCGACUAACGUGAUAUCUUCUUCGGGUUAAGUGGAUCCACUAUCCAUCUAAUGUGCUACCUAGCCAACUAGUCUUGCAACGUACCAUUUCCAGAGCGAAUGCCGCAAAUGCGGAUGUGAACCUUAUUGACGUAUCACUAGUAAUGCACUACAGUAGACCACAAAGCUUGGAGAGCUGAAUUUAUAUACUAAACGAAAACAAACUGUUGUUGACCGUUAGUCAGAUAGUUUUAGUGUUUGCUUUGUAUAACACAUUUAUCUAUUUAGUGAUUGAUAGAUGGUUUUGUUGUGAAAGGAAAUCUAGCCGAACUAUUUUAGCGAACCAAAUCAAAAAUCCUGUAAGGACUUGUAGUUUUAUAACCAAUCGAUGUAAACUCAUUCGAUACCGGCAUUUUCGAAGUAUCGAAAUUCGUGAACAUGUCUAGCUUUAAUCUAUUUAUUUUUUGCAAGCAAUCACAACCCUAGCAGAAAAAUCUCUGAACGGGUUGAGCUGAGUAGUUCAACGUUUCAUGUAAACGAAAAAGACAUUCAUCGUUCCAAAAAAAAAUUUAAAAUACGGGUCCACAUAGAUCCGUAGUAUUAGGUACGUUACGUUUUCACUUGAUGUCUAUUCUAUUUUAUUUCUACAAAAGAUUAAAUCAUAACCCUAGCAAGAGGUAACAGCAAUUGCAGAGAGGAUAGAUAAACCCGAGACAAAUAUACAUCUACAUACAUAAAAGCAUCGA